AUGCUUCACAGCAUUUUUAGAUCCUUCCUCAGCUUCCGUUUGAGAACUGACUGUCAGAGCCUUGAACUGUUUAUGCAUCCCUACGAUGUUUCCUUGGGUGUUCGGAAUAAUGAGGGAAGCAGUGCUGAAGACAUGGCAGCUUGCUGCGGAUACUAUGAACUAGCAGAAUUAGUACGCUAUUAUAAACACAGGCAUCAGGCUGGAAAAAAUGUGCCUUCAGAACGAUCUUCAAGGAUCUUCGAACUGCGGAACCUCCUUCUGGGACCUCCGGGCCGUCGAAGGGCACUGCUUACCUUCAUGCUCUUUGUUUCUUUCGGUUGGAUGUAUCCCUACUUAUGGUUUCGGCCAAAGUUGCAACUGUCUGUACCUGGUUUUGGGCCGAAUUUUGCCCUGAAAUCCGAUAACAUAAUCCUCUUUGACUUCUACUACUUGACCAGCACAGAAUGGUACCAGCUUCCGUGUCAUUUAGUUGGCCUGAUAAACAACUGCAUUCCCGUGUUUAUUCCUCCCUUCUUCUGGUCUCUCUCUGCUGGCCCUGACAGCCUGGCGUCUGCUGCAAAGAUUCUUUUAGAGAGCCGAGAACUUGCCGCUACAUCUUUUCCGUGGGUAGAAGACGCGGACGGCAGGCCACAGUUGUGUCCCUUUGGACUGCGUGCCUUCAAGAAGCGGGCGCGCACCCUGAAGCAGAAGGCUCAAAGACUCUGCCACACCUGCGGAUGUGUGAAGCCACUGCGGGCUAAGCACUGCGGCCAGUGUAACCGAUGCGUGGAUGUCAUGGAUCAUCACUGUCCGGUGACGAACAAUUGUGUGGGCAAGAAUAAUCGUAAAGGACAGGACACGGUCAAACCGAAGUCAGGAUUUGCAAACGAAGACGGCCCUGUGACGAAACCACCGGAAGAGGAGGCAGGAUUACCAGCAUCCUCUACCGUGGGGACGAAACAGAACACCAACUGCCGUCACGCCAAGCUAAAAUCCACACGCAGGGCCAAACAGCGAACGGAGAAAAAUCGGUCAGCCCAAGGCCAACACGUGCAGCCGCAACUUUAA